UAAACGUGAAAAUUUCAGAAAUAAAUAACAAGAUAAAUAUAGAUAACUUUCUAUUCAUAGAUCUUAUUGAUAUCGGUAUUUGAGGGUCAAUGUCAGCCUCUGAUCCUGCACUGGCCAUAGCAAUGAAUUACGUAUUCAUUGGAUUUAUUGUAAUGUCGACAUCUUCAACAAUCAAGGAUGCAGACGAAUAAGAAGUUGAACAAAACGCUUUGAAUUUCAUCUUGAGCAAAAAGUUGCGGAACGGCGGCGGAUACGUACUACAGCGCUUACUUAGCGCAGCUAGUUACCAGCGGGCUUCGGAUGAUAAGCUAUUAUAAGCUUUCAAUAAUUUAGAGUUAAUAUUAAGAAUGGAAUUAAUUAUACAGUAAUUCCAACAGUUCUUCCCCUUAUCACAAACAGCAACUAAAGUCCAAAGCAAUAAGCAGCCGCGGGUUUAAUUCAAUAACGUCACAUCCCACUCGAGUUGGAACAAACAGAAAAACAGAAUCCUGAGCGGCAGCCCUGGGGACCCCGCGGUAUAUAAGGGCAAGCAACAAGUCCUCCUCCCCACACGAAGCCAAGAGUUGGGGAAGGUUGUGUGUGACAUACUUUAACAGUAAAAUAUGGUAGAUCUAUUCCUCAUGCUAAUUAUAUAGCAUCAAGAUGUGUAGGAAUAUGCACAUUUUUACCCUUCUAUUUCUUCUCAUAAUAUCAACUAAUAUUGCUUUUGGCAAAAGCGCGAAUAAAACAAAUCCAUCAAAUAGCGGGCGCACUCACGCCAAACACAACACCGCACUAAUUGCCAAGGUUGAGCGGAUGAAACGCUCUCUGUACGAUGGCGACGAACCAGUUCAUAUUAAAACUGAACAUCUUAAUAAUAACGUCAGACACGACGGUGAUGACAGCAGAGUGAUAGAAAGAGAUAUACCUUUCUGGGGAAUUCGAGGCAGGCGCGAUAGCUCCUCGGAGGAAUCUGAUGAAUACGCAUCACAGCAUUAUGGCCGAGUUGUAAAUAAAUGUAAAAAUUGUUAUGCGGCUGAAACUUCAAUAGAACAUGAAAAUUAUAUUAAAAAUAGACGAGAUGAACUCCCAUUUUGGGGUACUCGUGGACGACGUAGUUCGGAAGAAACUAACGAACCGUUUUGGGGAAACAGAGGCAGAAGACAAGACAGUCAAGACGAUCCUUUCUGGGGUACGAGGGGAAGACGGCAAGAUGAUAGUCCCUUUUGGGGAAAUAGAGGUCGCCGUGAAGAAGAACCUUUUUGGGGGAAUAGAGGCAGGAGAAACGAUGAACCAUUCUGGGGUAAUAGAGGAAGACGAGAAGACGAACCGUUUUGGGGAAACCGUGGAAAACGCAAGCAGGACUCUGAGCCUUUUUGGGGUAAUAGAGGAAGACGAGAUGAAGUGGAACCAUUUUGGGGCAACAGGGGCCGAAGAAAACAAGAUUUGAAAGAGUCUAUACUAGAUGCCAUCAAUGACGUUCAAAGUAACAUCGAACACCUUUCGCGGCUGAGGCGAAGUGGAAUUCAAUUGUCUUUCUGGGCAAACCGAGCCAGAGAGAGCAAAUUAAAAGAUCUAUUCAGCGACCCAAUUCGAGCGAGACAGAAAAACUUUCCUAAUUAUUAUUUACAGAAUACUCAUUCUAAUUCUAAUAAAGAACCCGGCACUGUUCAUGACAGUCGUCUGUAUGCAGAGGAACCGCAUUAUAUUUUAGUUGACAGAAGCAGCCGCUCUUCAGUUGAAGAUGAUCCAUAUUAUAUUUCUAGAGGCAAAAAAUAUUUUCUUGAUCUUUCCAAAGCGGCGAGAGAUAGGCGAGGAGCGAUAGAGGAAAUAGUGAAAUCUGUGCGAAACGACCCUUAUUAUAUAGCUAGAGGUAAAAAAGAUACUGAUUUAACAAAAAAUAAUUCGACAGCUUCUCGCGAGGAAUUCGUAAAAGCGAAAGAACUGAUUUGUUCUACUAUGGAGUUGAUAAUGAUGAAGAAUGAUGAAAACAAGACUAAAAGAGACGUUAACGAUUCGGAACGAGAUAGACGAACAAUUUUAAAGAAAUUAGCAGCGCAGUUACAGAUGGAUCCGUAUUUUGUGAGCCGAGGGAAGAAGUCUGAAGAAGAUAAUUUAGAUGACUUUAUUAAUGACGUGGCAUCCAAGUGUAACUAAACACAUCACAUAAUAUUAUAAGUUUACCACCAAUGACUAGCGAUAUUAUUAGGAUAAGCGAAUUGUUGUAGGUAAUAUAUUUAUAUUGAUGUGACCUGAGCUGACCUGAUUAAUAAAGCCAGUAACUAUUGUCCAUUUUUAUUGCCCUAUUUCCCUUUAUAUCUGUACCUCGGGGCGCUAGUGGAAUUAGUAUUUUUGGUUACCUAAAUCUCAAAAAAUAAUUAUUAUAUGUCGUCAUGUAGAUACUAUAUAAUAUACCUUACUUAAUGCUGACGAGGCAAUGGAAAAGUAACUGGGGGAAAUACGACUUACUUUCUAAACAAGAAAAUGAUAACACAAAGAUGUUAGU